AUGUUCCUUCUUGGAACGAAAGCCGUAUCGUAUGAGCUGUUUUCUAUUUUUAAGAUUUUUUUCAUCCAUCUCUCUCUCCCCUCAUCUCUCUCUCUCUCUCUCUCUCUAUCAGAUGAUUGGAACACAAAACUUAUACCUGUACUUUCAAAUCCCUGUAAAAAAAAAUCUAUCUAUCUAUCUAUAUGUUCACAUCUAUCUAUAGGUUCAUUAUCUACCUAUAUGUUCAUAUCUGUCAAUUUAUUUAUGUAUGUAUUUAUCUGUUUAUAUCUAUCUAUCUAUCUAUCUAUCUAUCUGUUCAUACCUAUCUCUCAAUCUCAAUUUCUUUCUUUCUUUCUUUCUUUCUUUCUUUCUUUCUUUCUUUCUUUCUUUCUUCGUAUGAUUUCCCCUCCAAACCUUCACUUUUCUUUCUUUCUUUCUUUCUUUCUUUCUUUCUUUCUUUCUUUCUUUCUUUGUAUGAUUUCCCCUCCAAACCUUCCUUUUUUUCUUUUUUCUUUCUUUCUUUUCUUUCUUUCUUUCUUUCUUUCUUUCUUUCUUAUGAUUUCCCUCCAAGCCUCCACUUUUUUUCUUUCUUUCUUUCUUUCUUUUUUUUCUUUCUUUCUUUCUUUCUUUCUCUUUCUUAUAAUUUCCUCCAAACCUCCACUUUUCUUUCUUUCUUUCUUUCUUUCUUUCUUUCUUUCUUUCUUUCUUUCUUUCUUUCUUUCUUCGUAUGAUUUCCCCUCCAAACCUCCACUUUUCUUUCUUUCUUUCUUUCUUUCUUUCUUUCUUUCUUUCUUUCUUUCUUUCCAUUUAUUCUACUUCUUUUUCCCUUCGAAUUUGAUUCACAUUUUUGAUUGCUGUCUUAUUUCUUUCUUUGUUUUUUCUUUUUUAUUUCUUUCAUCGUUUAUUUUCUUUUUCUUUUCUCUUUCCUUUCGAUUUCUUUCUUUCUUUCCUUCUCUCUUUAGAUUUUUUUUCCUUUCUUUAAAUUUCUUUCUUUCUUUCUGUUUGAUUUCUUUCAUCGUUUUUUUUCUUUUUCCUCUCUCUUUCCUUUCGAUUUCUUUCUUUUAUAUUAAUUUUUUUCCUGUCUUUCUAGUUCAGUGCUUUCUUCUUCUUUCUUUUAUUCAUUUCGUAAUUUCACUUUCUCUACCCCAGACUCUUUUUCUCUGUAUCUCCUUCUUAUAUUCUAUAAUUCUUGUAUUUUUUCAUCCAAAUCUCUUAUAUAUCAUUAUCGACAUCGACACCACUGACAGUACUAUACCACUUCCUCUCUAUAAUCUUGCUUUAAUCCACUCACUCUGUCUUUCUCUCUCUCUAUUUUUUUUCUAUUUUUACAUUCCUUUCUCUCACAUACCUACGAUCCUUCCGCCUCAAGACCGGCCGUCACACCAUGUCACCUCACUUCUUUGCGUAUUACUAGUGAUCUAG